GCUUGUGAUGACAUCAUGCACAGCGGCGGCAACCAGGUUUCUGACUGGUGGUUCUAGUAGCCAGCCUGACUAGCUUGUCAAAAGGCAAGGCCUGUGACCGGAUCACGAUUUCAUUGGCUGAGCUGGUUGCUCAGGCAACCUUAGGCAGGGCCUCUGACCACGUCAAGCAUGGAUUGGCUGGAUCGAGCUGGUUGCUGAGAAAUGAAGAGGCCUAUGUGGCAAGGAAUUGAUGGAGCCUCUGGUCAUCAGCCAGCAAGGAUCUGCGGUCCCUAGUCCAAUAUACCAUGAGGAAAAAAAAAUCCCAUGAGGAACUGGAUCCUGUCAACCACCACAUUAGUGAGCUUGGAAGCACAUCCUUCUCCAGCCCAGCUUUCAGAUGAGAUAGCAGCCCCGGCUGACUUCUUGUCUGCAGCCUGGUGAGAGACCCUGAACCAGAGGACCCAGCUAAGCCAUGACCAGAUUUCUGACCUACAGGAACCUAUAUAAUACAUAUGUGUUGUUUUAAGCUGGACGUGACCCUUGAACCCUGGGCAGUAUUAUCCGGCGUUUCAGCGGGGGCAUAACCCAGCCGAUCGACAUCGACCCUCCCUGCAGUCUGGAUUCUCUCCGAGUUCCUCAACGGCUUCCUCCACCCUUCCCUCUCUACCCACAUCCGUCCUCUGUUUCGUCCCCUCACCAGGCCCGGACCCCUCUGUCCCCCGCAGAUAGACGAUGAGCAGCCACGCCAACAGCCUGUUUCUGCGGGAGAGUGGUCAGCGGCUGGGCCGGCUGGGCUGGCUGCAGCGGCUGCAGGAGAACUUGCAGCAGAGAGCGCUGCGCACGCGCCUGCGUCUGCAGACUAUGACCCGCGAGCAUGUGCUGCGCUUCCUGCGCAAGAACGCCUUUAUCCUGCUGACGGUCAGCGCUGUGAUCAUCGGGGUCAGCCUGGCCUUUGCCCUGCGCCCGUACCAGCUCACCUACCGCCAGAUCAAGUACUUCUCUUUCCCUGGAGAACUUCUCAUGAGGAUGCUGCAGAUGCUGGUGCUGCCACUCAUUGUCUCCAGCCUGGUCACAGGUAUGGCGUCCCUGGACAACAAGGCAACAGGGCGGAUGGGGAUGCGGGCAGCUGUGUACUACAUGGUGACUACAGUCAUUGCGGUCUUCAUCGGCAUCCUCAUGGUCACCAUAAUCCAUCCUGGGAAGGGCUCCAAGGAGGGGCUGCAUCGCGAGGGCCGGAUCGAGACCAUUCCAACAGCCGAUGCCUUCAUGGACCUGGUCAGAAAUAUGUUCCCACCCAACCUUGUGGAGGCCUGCUUCAAACAGUUCAAGACACAGUACAGCACGAGGUUGGUAACCAGGACUGUUGUGAGGACGGAGAACGGAUCCGAGCAGAGCGCCUCCAUGCCUCCUCCAUCUUCAACAGAGAAUGGAACCAGCCUCCUGGAAAAUAUCACACGGGCCUUGGGCACCCUGCAGGAGGUGCUGACCUUUGAGGAGACUGUGCCGGUAUCUGGCUCGGCCAAUGGCAUCAAUGCCCUGGGCCUUGUGGUCUUCUCUGUGGCCUUUGGGCUGGUCAUUGGCGGCAUGAAACACAAGGGCCGAGUCCUGAGGGACUUCUUCGAUAGCCUCAAUGAGGCUAUUAUGAGGCUGGUGGGCAUCAUUAUCUGGUACGCACCUGUGGGCAUCCUGUUCCUGAUUGCUGGGAAGAUCCUAGAGAUGGAAGACAUGGCUGUCCUAGGGGGUCAGCUGGGCAUGUACACCCUGACCGUCAUUGUGGGCUUGUUCCUCCAUGCUGGUGGUGUCCUGCCUCUUAUCUACUUCCUCAUCACCCACCGGAACCCCUUCCCCUUCAUCGGGGGCAUGCUGCAGGCCCUCAUUACCGCCAUGGGCACGUCUUCCAGCUCUGCGACACUGCCCAUCACUUUCCGCUGCCUGGAGGAGGGCCUGGGUGUAGACCGCCGCAUCACCAGGUUCGUGCUGCCUGUGGGGGCCACUGUCAACAUGGACGGCACUGCCCUGUACGAGGCUCUGGCCGCCAUCUUCAUUGCUCAAGUCAACAACUACGAGCUCAACCUGGGCCAGAUCACAACUAUCAGUAUCACAGCGACAGCAGCCAGUGUUGGGGCUGCUGGCAUACCACAGGCGGGUCUGGUCACGAUGGUCAUUGUGCUCACAUCGGUCGGCCUGCCUACUGAAGACAUCACGCUGAUCAUAGCUGUGGACUGGUUCCUGGACCGACUUCGCACGAUGACCAACGUGCUGGGGGACUCCAUUGGAGCGGCGGUCAUUGAGCAUUUGUCUCAGCGGGAGCUGGAGCUGCAGGAAGCUGAGCUCACCCUCCCCAGCCUAGGGAAGCCCUACAAGUCGCUCAUGACCCAAGAGAAGGGAGCAUCCAGGGGGCGGGGAGGCAACGAGAGUGCCAUGUGAGGGCGGCCCUGCGGAAGGCCCGCUGCCUGAACGGCCGUGCACUGGACACACAUGUUCUGUCUGGCAUGUUUGGGGGAAACUGAGAUAAAGGAGCAGGAAUGAAGGAAUGUG